AAAGGACGAUUCCUUAAUAUUGUCAUGAUUUAUUGAGUGAUUGUGAUAGUUCCGAGUUAGCACACGAAGUCUCGUUUUACCCUUGCUGGAUUAAUUCAGCCCAGUUUAAAGUGAACUUUUCGCUGCUUCCGUUCGAAUCUGAACUCCCUUUCCAGAUACAAAACACUUUGCUACGUAAGUGCCGUGUUGGAAGUGGAGACACGCGAAACGAAUUAAUUAGGGAGGAGGACUGCUAACGUGCAGAAAUAUUCGUGCCGGUAAGAAUCUCUUGAAGGAAACGCGUUAACGUUUUUUCGUGUGAACUUAACCGGGUCACGGCCAACCGCUUUAUUUUAAGAAGCACUCCAUGAACUGACCUUGUGCGACACCCGCUCAGGUACGUCCGAAUACAAUUAUUCUCCAUUAUGCGCUGAGUCAGGAUCUUAUCCUUAAAUCCUAAGGAUAUACCGCGUAUGUCUGAAGUUGCUUUGAAAGUGUUUCCUCUGACCCAAAUUUACAUAUUCAUGUCCUUUCUGCGGAUACGGUUAGUACUCGUAUGUGGAAAUAAGUGUUCUUGCCUUACUUAUUUCAGUUACAUUGGCACGAAGUGGUACUCUUUGUAGUGGGAAUAGUUCCUGUUAAUUUCGCACGUUCCCGAUGCAGGCAGACUACGAAGGACGUAGGAGUUGAGCCGCAAAGUGAGUUAUAGCCUUCAACAGAAACAUUUAGCAGCGCGCCAGGAGGCAGGGGGUGAGAGCAGCGCGGCACAGAAGUGGAAAUCGCGUGACAAACACUUUGCGAUUCCGCCAGAAUUUCGAUGGAGUAAUGCGAAUCGAACGGCAGGUGUAGGAAUCCUCGCCUCGACGGAAUUAGAUGAUGACAUGCAAUCACAAGUGGCGUAGGAAAGGACCGUGAGAACGACAAGGGAGAUUUUUAUUAGGCGAUAGUGGUUCUUGUUAUCUUGGCGUGAAUUUAGACACGGUUUGAUUGCGCUUAGAUAGAGCGGGUUUAUGCAAGGAAAAUGGAGAAUCUAGGGCGCCAGCGGAGAGUGCGAUUCACUCUGCCUGCAAAGGACUUCCAUCACGAUCAGAUUAGCCGACAUGCAGUGACUACGUAUCGAAAUGGUUGCCUGGUGAACGUCCCGAAAUCGCCAAUCUCCGUUCGAAGUGUUUCAUUCGCGCCAAAGCCCAUAAUCGCCCCAAUGCCUGCAAUUAGCUCCAUCGACACCAAGAAAGUUCAAAGACCUCACGUGAGUUUCCGCGACGAUUUCCGCCACACGCCUGUGUUGAAAACAACCUCGGCGAUCACACCUCGUAUCGAAAACCUCAAAAAGCGACAAAUUGUGAUAAUUACGGAGGUCCCGAAACCGAUUAGGAGAACAUGUCCACCUCAAAGCGUAAGCGUUGCUACAAUUUCAAACCGCUUUUCGCGCCUAAUGCUCGUUGAUGACGUUAUGGCGAGUAAGCCACCUCCGGUGUUUGUCCCGAUUGAAGAGCCGCCGCCGCGUACCGCAGGCACAACCUACCCGAGACACGCGGUCACUGUCCGGCGAAUUGCGAAAAGCUUGUUUAGUGCAGACACAAACUCGCGACUGGUAGCUGAUUUGGUGAACAGGUGGCACCGCAUGCGGUAUAGAGAAAAGAUACAGUCUCGUCGGCAAUUACUGGACGCGUUGGACGAGAGGAAAUUGAGUAUCGAUGGCGUCGGGCACGGAUUGCCGGUGACCGAUAGCAGCAGCGUCAGAAGAGCCAGCAGCGGAGCAGUCUCCAUCUCAAACCGUUUACGAGCAGACGCGAAAAGAUUCGGUAGUUUUAAGAUGAGUGUCGAAAGUGAGCAGAGUGUAACGACUCUGCUACGGGCAGCUCGUGAAGCGGACGAGGAUCUAUUGAAAAUAGUACUACGUAAAAUAUUAAUUGACGGAAUCUCGAAGGAAGCUUUGAACGCAACAGAUAAAAGCGGAAGGACUGCAAUAUCAUACAUAUGCUCGACCAAUAUAACAUACUUACUAGAUAUAAUUCUACAAAUACCAGGAAUCGAUGUGAACAAGCCAGACAAUGAGGGAAACACACCACUCCAUUUCGCUGCACAAGCAGGCCAAGCAGAUGUAGUGAACAUGUUGAUUACUCGAAGCAGGAGUCUUCAAAUUGACGCGAAAAAUUGUCUGGGCUUCACACCUCUUAUGAAAGCGGCCUUACAAGGAAGAACUCGCUGUGCGAAAUUACUCUUAUUUGCUGAUAGGUGCAUCACCAGUCGAAACUGAUUACGGAAGAGGACUGCGUGCCGAACAAUGGGCGGCAUUCUGUGGAAGACCAUCAUGUGCUGAAAUGAUUGAAAAAUGUGCUCGUGCUCGAUUAUUAGAAAAAACACAAUCAUGUCUGCCAGGAACUACAGAAAUCCAGAAAGUGCCUGUCACAAGAUCGAAAACCACAACUAUUCAAACACAAAUAGGU